AGGGAGUCUACCUUUUUCUCUCGUCACACCGUCGCGUUUGAUUCACAGAGGGGUCGUUUAGUCCUGUGUGAAGGACAGUGUGAGGACUCUUCGCGACUCUCCUGUUGCUCUUUAAAAUGUUUCCUUGCAGGUUUGCCUUGACACGUGCUGCCCCCAUAGUACGGGGCUCUUGCCCCAUUUUCGGACAUGUUUCCCGGAUGUCCUCUGGAAAUGUUCCUGGAUCUUCUGGCGAAAAUCUCUUCUACUUUGCAGUGGUUGGUGGUGCAACGAUUGGAGCAGGAAUAUAUGUGUACAGAACUUUAUGCAGAGAUGCAGCCAGAUACCAAGACCGAGUUAGUACACUUGGUACAAGAGCAGAAGCUUAUUUUGUCCCUAAACCCUGGCCACCUAAAUAUGAUGUGGCAGCUGCCCAGGAAUUGGACAACAGUGAGAGUCAUGUGAAUGAUGAGACGGGAGAGGUAGAGGCAGUACAUGUCAGCACCACACAGCUAGAGGAAACAGCCGUUCCUGAAGAACCUGAGCCUUCUGCACCACAGGCUGAAGAGGAGUCCUUACCCAGAGCACAGGAAGGAGGGAAACCCCAUGAAGAAGAGACAAGCUCAUAUACAUCUGCAGAUGAAGCAAUUGCACCUCAUGAGCUGGGGCAGGUGUCCACUGCCAUAGUGCAGGAAGCUACCCCUUCAAAUGAUGAUGGGCCCAGUGAUGAGUUAACUGGUGAUACUGUUCCGGAAUCUGUAGAAGAUUCUUCAUCAGCAGAGCAAGUCACACUGAGCCAUGAACCUGUUCAAAGCACUGAAGAUGUUGUUUCAGCCACCCAUUCUAAUUAUGAAAGGCCCAAUGAAGAGUCCAUUAGUGAUGCUGUUCCAGAAUCUGCAGAAGACUCUUCAUCAGAGGAGCAAGUUACACUGAGACAUGAACCUUUUCAAAGCACUGAAGAGACCACUAGUAGUACCGCUUCUUGAACAGUUUGUGCAGAAGUAGAAAGUAGAAACUUUUUAUAGAAUUUACCAUUUCUUUCUCAACUGAUGAAGUAAAUCAAAGUACCACACCAGAACUACAUUGAAAAAACGAGGAACCAAGUGCCUUAUUCAUUUAACAGUCAUGUGUAUUAUGUUCUGUUACUCAGGGAAAAUGCCUACACAAAGUUUACCCCGGAAAUGUUAUAUAAGUUAAGAACUAUUUCUUCAUUUGGUCAUCAGUCAGAUGAAUGUGGUGUGCAUACAAAGAAAUAACUGCUGUAUGAAGUGUCAUAGUAAAACAAAUGCCUUCGU